UGAUCCCUUAAGCUAAUCGUAAUUUGUCCCUAAUGAAUCGCCUUGGGUGUUCCAAGGGUUCGGCUUAUCCCAGAAAUAGGGGUUUUGAAUUUUGAAACUUCAAGUUCAUAAUAUUCCCGGAUUUCCUGCGAUGAGCCGAGCCCCGUAGAUAAGAGCUUGUGUAAUCACUUAAGCAGCUUUGAAGCUCUGUAGUUUUAAAUGCCCUUGCAAAGAUUAGAAAUUUUCUGCAGGCAGAACUGAUCUUCCGCUCGAGUGUAGAUUUUAUUAUUUAAAGUACGUUCAGACUUUUGAACAGCGCAAAGCUGAUAAGUAGAAACCGAAUCUAAUAUAUCAUGAAAAUUUUGAUACCUCCUUAGUAGAUUCUCAGACCGAAAAAAGAAACCCAACUUAAGCCAGAAGAAAAUAAUCUUCCAAUAUGACAACACAUUAAAGUCAAACAAAAAGCAUACAAACAAAAAAAUAGGAAAAAUAAAAAAUACCAUAAAAAGCUUACACCACACACAUCUUGGAACGUAGGAUGGAGGAUGAGGACUCAGAUUACCUGCCGCUGCCGAACACCAAUAACUUGAGUAUUCCGAAUGAUCCGGUCAUGCUGGCCGUGUACCAGCUUUACAAGCCGCCCCUGACCGCCAAUCGGAAUUUACUCUCGGAGCGUAAUCGGGAAAUCUUCGCAGAGGCGUUUAACGAUGCCGACCAAGUGCCCACUUUGGCGGAUCUGUGCGUCCGACAGAUGGCUAAACGUGGAAAUGCCAACGUGCCCGACGAAGUGCUCCAAGAUCCGCGAAAGAUGCGCGUCCACUACGAUUCACUCGAUGUGGAUCUGCCCCUGCGCGAGUGCUACUGCGUAGAGGAUGCGAGCUACUGGCAGCGUGUGGUCUUAGCUAAGAGUUCCGAGACAUGCCUUGCACUGAAGGGGUUGCAGGAUUAUGACUGGCGCGGCAAGGGACUGAGCCUGAAGUACAUGGAGCUGGUGGAGGCCUGUCCGGCCGCCCUUUGGCCAGAGAAAGAGAUGACCGAACUAGCCGUGCUGAUAAAGGAUCAUGUUCGCUUCAUGGACAUUCGGCACCUGCAGCCGCUGUCGGAGUAUGCCUUCCGGAAAACAAAACGUGAGGAAGACGACUCGGAGCCGGAAAUAUCCUCCGAGGAGUCCGGUGGCAUAGAAAUCUCCAGUGAUGAGCCAAUGACACCCGAAGACGGUGAUGAGGAGGGGGAGGAAGAAGAGGAGGGGGCGGGUUCCUUCGCCUCUGAACAGAAUAGGGCUAUUGGAUUCAAUACAAAAUUUACGCUGAAUGCUUCCGACGAUGAAGAUGACUCCGGCAACGAGCGCCGCAAGCGUCGACAUGAACGGAACGUUGCCCGCCAACGAUUGCGGGAUCUAAAGGCGGCCAGGGAGGCGGAGCACGAGGAGCGCAGGCGACGUCGGUCCGAGAUGCGGAAGCCCAAGGAACCAGAGCCGCGAAAGAAAAAGAAGCGAACGCAGCGAAUAAAAGGCACCUUCGAUAUCCGCGUGGAGCCGGAACCGGACGAUGGCGAUGACAAGGUUUUGGACAAACGCAACAAGCAAAGAUAUCUGACGCAUCUACAACAGUUAAAAUAUCCGGAGGAGGACUGCGUCCACAUCGAUCUUAGCUUUGUGCGCCACUUUGUCAACCUGGUAUCGUUGAACCUGGAGUUUCUGGGUCCGGCUUUGGGUAGGAAGUACCACAAGCGGAACGUGCUCUUUUCGAUCAAGGACAUGGUUCGCCUGGCUAGAGGUUUAGUGGCACUGCAGCAGCUGCAGAUCUUCCGGCUUCGAAACAGCAGACUUAAUAGCUUUAAGCUAUACACCGUGUGCCGGGCUCUGCGCGUAUUGCCUUUGCUGGAGGUGGUGGACUUUGGGUACAACCAGAUGACGGACGACUGUGGCCCGGAGCUGGGAAUUCUUCUGGAGCGGCCGCAAAUGCUAAGGUCCCUGGAGCUGGAGUACAACCGACUGGACACGCGAGCCAUGUCGGCUAUCGGAGAGGCACUGCAGCGAUCGAACCUCACCAGACUGGAGUAUCUAGGAUUGGCCCACAACAAGUUGAGCGGCGACUCCCUGUCCAUCUUGUGCAACGGCAUCAAGGGCACCGAGCACGUGGAGGAGCUUAAUGUGUCCGGCAUCGAGGCGAAUCCUCGGACAAUUGUGGACCAACUAGGCGAUCUUCUGCGUCAUCACGAUCCAUUACGUCGGCUAAUAAUGGUGGCCAUUCCUUUAGGCCCGAAGAUGGGCACAAGACUUAUAUGUGCCCUCACCGCCAACAUGAAGGUUACUCAUUUUGACUGUCGCGACUGCGACUUGGACGAGCAAGAGGAGUUCGAGGCGAACGUGGCAGUCAGGCGAAACAUCUUCUUGGGCGGAAACGGCUUUGUCACCGAUACUCAGCGCUUCCCCAGCAUUGCCGACGUUUUGGAGUUUGCCAAGACGCUGAAGCAUCCGAUGGUGCAGAAGGUAGAGAACGACAUGGCGAAGAAGGAGGAGUGCUUGCCGUUCUGUCCGACCCCAUCGCCAAGUGUCCAAAGCCUGGCGGCGCAGUCGCUGGUAACGGAGGAGUCGGAGUACGAUAUUUGGCAGAUGCUUGGCAUCACAAAGAAAGUGACCAAGGUCGCAUCUCCGGUCGAAGAGCUAGUAAAAAAAGUCAGUUCAGUGUCGGUGAUCAAGGAACCUUUUGUCUACAAGCCCAACGAAUUCAACAUAGACGAGUUCCGAGCUCACGUUUUUCUGCCGGGGACGAGCAACAGGCACUCCUACUUCAUGAAAGAGAGGCGAAUGGAUUAAUAAUUAAUCAUCAAAAUUGAAUGUUUUUACGAUCAGCAAAAAGAAAAUGAUAAAUUUUUCUGAAAACCAUAUGCUAUGCUAGUCGAAAUAAUAUUUAAAAAACCAGAUUAUUAUUAAGGUUUAUAUAUAGUUUAUAGCCUUUGCAAGGGCACUCUAUCUUUGGACUACCAAAGAUCUGCACGUAGUGUCUCUAGCUGUAUUUCUGCUAUAUGUUAUAUGUUGCUUUGUAGCUUUUGUUUGUUUUUUGUUUAAUGCCAUCUUGACCCGAAAUCUAACCCAACCACCCACAACCUACACUCCACUGUCUCACACACCC